AUGAAGUUCACCAUCACUUUCGCCCUGGCAGCUCUGCUGAGCACUGCCGCUGCUCAAGGCCUAGGCGAUCUGCCAGACUGCUCGAAAACCUGUGCUACAGGUUCAAUCCCCCAGAACUGCGGCAUUGAUUUCAAGUGCAUCUGCGAGUCAAAGUCCUUCCUGGACGGUGUCGCCUGCUGCAUCGCUGAUAAAUGCUCCAAGGCGGACCAGGAAACAACCAUCAAGGUCGCCAAGUCAAUCUGUGCCCGGGGUGGUGUGACCGAUCUGCCCACCGAGGUUGUCUGCUCGAGCAGCAAGUCGAGUUCCAGCUCUGGCACCAGCACCAGCUCGACCGAGACUGGAACCAAGUCUAGCACUGAGACCUCCGGUGCGACUAAGACCUCGGCUUCGACUACUGUGACGGGCACCAACGCUUCUACCACCGACGCUUCUACCAUCGCCUCGAACGGUGCCUCGUCCGUCUCUGCUGCAGCAACUAGCACAGGUGUCGCUGCGCUUACCCACAAGGAUUCUUCGCUCGUGGCUGCUGCUGGUGCUGCGGCGGCAUUCGCCAUUCUGAUCUAA